UGUUCCACCAGAUUUUUAUACGGGAGGAAGAUCGUAACGUUCAGCGGUUUUUAUGGCGUGCAGAAGAUGGUGAUGAAGAACCAAAUAUUUUUAUCAUGAAUGUCAUGAUUUUCGGCGCAUCAUGUGCACCAUGUAUUUCACAAUUUGUGAAAAACUUGAAUGCCAAUAAGUAUCGAAAUCAAUUUCCAGCUGCCGCUAAUGCAAUUGUGCAUAAUCACUAUGUGGAUGACUUUUUAGAUUCUGUGGACACAAUUGAAGAGGCAAUCCACCUAGCCAGAAAUAUUAAAUAUGUUCACAGCAAAGCGGGAUUUAAUAUACGAAAUUGGAUCUGUAAUAACAGUGACGUUCUAAAGGCAAUAAAUGGGGAACAUGGUCAAAAUCAGAAGGAUCUUAACUUAGGCAGUGGUGUUGAUACAGAUAAAGUUUUGGGUAUCUUUUGGAGUUCAAGGGACGAUUUUAUUACAUUCAAAGUAUCACCCCACCUUAAAGAGAGCAAUUUAUUUGUAAAAGGCAAAACGCCAACGAAGAGAAACUUGCUAAGAAUUCUUAUGACUAUUUAUGACCCUUUGGGACUCAUUGGUCAUUUCCUUAUGUACUUAAAGAUAGUGUUACAGGAAGUUUGGCGCAGCGGUGUUGGGUGGGACGAAGAAAUCCAUCCACCACAGAUGACUAAAUGGACAAACUGGCUGUCACAUUUGUCAGAAAUAGAAGACAUUAAAAUACCUCGCUGCUAUUUGCAGACGUUUAAAUCUUAUCAUAAUCUAGAUGUGGAGCUACAUACAUUUGCAGACGCUAGCGAAAACGGUUAUGCUGCGAUAUCGUACCUUCGUAUUUCAGACGGCAGUGAGGUGGUAAUUUCUUUAGUCGGAUCUAAAACCAAGGUCGCCCCACUCAAGAUGACAUCCAUACCGCGCCUAGAAUUAAUGGCAGCGCUAAUUGCUUCCAGAUUUGCGACCAGUGUUGUCAAUAGCGCGACCAUUAAUAUACGGCAACGAUAUUUUUGGUCUGAUUCAAAAACUGUCAUUAGCUGGAUAAAAUCAGAUCACAGGAGGUACCAUCAAUUUGUCGCAUUUCGGGUUAGCGAGAUAUUAGAACUAACUGAGUUGAGUAAUUGGCGCUGGGUACCGGGUAAACUUAAUGUGGCCGACGAAGCUACUAAAUGGAAGAGGUGCGGGCCAGAUUUAUCAAAUGGCAGUAGAUGGAUGAACGGACCCGAUUUUCUCCGAGAACCCCAAGAUGCGUGGCCAACUCAAGUCGAAAUUCAAACCGGCACAGACUGUGAGCAGAGGCAUCACAUAUUGGCUAUUGACGAAGUUAGCAGCUUUGUUAAUAUAGAACGUUUUUCACAGUGGCGGAGGGCUAUGAGAGCUGUGGCGUACGCUAUUCACUACAUAAACAAACUGAGAAAACCCGAUCACCACUGCGAAUUAACCCAAGACGAGCUUAUUAAGGCCGAAACUGUUUUAUUGAAGCAGGCACAGAAGGUGGUCUAUAACGAAGAAAUUGCUCUUUUGAUGAAAGGUGAAAAGGUAAGCAAGUCAAGUGCGAUAUUUAAGUUGUGUGCCUUUGUAGCGGAGGAUGGUGUAUUGCGCAUUGAUGGGAGAAUAGACAGAGCUUCCGUAACAAAGGAGAUGAAGUACCCCGCCAUCUUACCAAAAGACAGCUACAUCACGAUGCUUUUAAUAAUGCACUACCAUUGCAGUUACCGUCAUGGAAACAACGAAACCGCCAUUAAUGAAAUUCGACAAAAGUUUUAUAUACCUCGGCUAAGAACAAUUUUUAAAAAAGUAGUGCGCAAAUGUCAAAUGUGUAAAGUUAAGAAGGCACGGCCUGUCUACCCUCAGAUGGCGAAGCUACCCAGGGCUCGUUUGUCUGCAUAUGUAGCACCGUUUACAUUUACAGGUCUAGAUUUCUUUGGACCCUUACUGGUGACUGUAAAUAGACACAAGGAAAAGCGGUACGGAGCUUUGUUUACAUGCCUAACGAUUCGAGCGGUUCACAUUGAAAUUGUGCAUUCACUCAAUACUAGUUCGUGUAUAUUGGCAAUACGAAAUUUUGUGGCCAGAAGAGGCACACCAAGGGAAAUUUUCAGCGAUAAUGGCACCAACUUUGUUGGUGCCGAAAGAGAGUUGCGUGAAGCUAUAAAACAAAUGGAUUCCAAUGAGUUUGUUCGCCAUUUUACAACAGCAACGACGAAGUGGAACUUCAAUCCACCUUCAGCACCUCACAUGGGCGGGGUAUGGGAGCGUAUGGUGCGCUCCGUCAAAACAGUUCUCUACCGCAUUAUGCCAACAAGGUCGCCCAAUGAUGAAACUCUUGUGAGUAUGAUGUCCGAGGUGGAGAAUAUAAUAAAUUCUAGGCCCCUGACGUAUGUCCCAAUAGAUAACGAAAGUCAAGAGGCAUUAACUCCUAACCAUUUGCUUUUGGGGAGUUCCAAUGGCAUGAAGCCGCUAGUUGAAUAUGAUGAUAGUGUGCACGUUCUUAAAAGCAGUUGGUUGGAAACUCAGCAGUUCGCACAAAGAUUUUGGAGACGGUGGUUAGCCGAGUAUUUGCCCUCACUCACUUGCCGGUCAAAGUGGUUUGAAAAAUCUAAGCCGUUGAGGGUUGGUGACUUGGUGGUUGUGGUUGACCCUGCUAAUCCUCGAAAUGUGUGGCCUAGAGGAAAGGUUCUGAGUACAAAAAUGGCAGAGGAUGGACAAGUUCGGAGUGCUAAGAUAAUGACAUAUUGUGGAGUUCUUGAGAGGCCGGUUGCAAAAUUGGCUGUUCUCGACGUGGCUCAGGUUGAAGAGUAAGGCUGCGACAUGAUGUCUUGUCAUACUGCGGGGUGGUGUUACCGCCACUGUCGAUUUUAUGUUAUCGAUUAUUCUUAAAUAGUUAUUGCUAUUAAUUCUUGUGAUUUGUUUAUUGUUUGUCAAAUUUUGUAAAAGGGAGAAUGAAAAACUAUUACUGGCGAAAAAGGCGCGGUGAAGAAGAGUGCACUGAAAGAAGAUAAGGAAUUCAUCUUUUAUAUCUUUGUGUUAACAAAGAUACACAAAAGUUAUUAUAUUCUUUUAAAAAAUUUACAGGCGCUAAGUUUUCAUACCAAAAUGAAUUUUAAUACUCAAAUAUAAAACACCAAUCUGGAAACCCUAACGAGUUUUGUAUUUGGUGUUCAAAAUCCAGUGGAAUCUUGGC